GCGGUGCUGGGCGGUGGGGUGGGAGUGGUGCGGAGCUGUGGGAGCGGGAACUGUGGCCCGCGGGAUCUGGAAGCCAACUCUUUAAAAAAUGACAACACCAAACAAGACACCUCCUGGUGCUGACCCUAAGCAGCUGGAAAGGACUGGAACAGUACGGGAAACUGGGUCACAAGCUGUUUGGUCACUCCCCUCUUGCAAACCAGGAUUUGGAGUGGAUCAGUUACGAGAUGACAAUCUUGAAACUUACUGGCAGUCAGAUGGCUCCCAGCCUCAUUUAGUGAACAUCCAAUUCAGGAGAAAAACAACAGUGAAGACAUUAUGCAUUUACGCAGACUACAAAUCUGAUGAAAGCUAUACUCCAAGCAAGAUCUCAGUCAGAGUAGGAAAUAAUUUUCACAAUCUUCAAGAAAUUUGGCAACUUGAGUUGGUGGAACCAAGUGGCUGGAUACAUGUUCCUUUAACUGAUAAUCAUAAGAAGCCAACGUUCACGUUCAUGACCCAGAUUGCUGUUCUAGCCAAUCACCAAAACGGAAGAGAUAUCCACAUGAGACAGAUUAAAAUAUACACACCAGUGGAGGAGAGCUCCAUUGGUAAAUUCCCUAGAUGUACAACUAUUGAUUUCAUGAUGUAUCGUUCAAUAAGGUGACUUUAAAAUGGAACAGAUGUCAUUAAAAGUACUUUUGUUUUAUCUUGUUAAAAAAUAAAUAA